GAUAAUCAGAAGAGGGUGGGCAAUAUGUAUGCAACAGUAUCUAAAGCAACAGCUUCUACUUCCCUGUAAUGUAUCUUCUAUGGAAUGCAUGGCAUCUAGAGGUGAGUUAUCCGCUAUUUACCUUUCGGCGAUCGCUACAAAGCUGUUACCGUUUGGAGGGUGCUCAAUACAGUACAUGUGAUGUGAGGGGAUUCUGUCCUGGGAGUCUCCAUUGGGUGUAAGACGAUUGAAGCUGCCAGCUGGUACAUAAUAAAAGUGCAUAUUAGUAACAUUGGAAAUUAUCAACUAAUACGUGGAGUUCGGAAGCUAUGGAGCUACUAGAAACCACUUAUGCCUAGCACUGCAGAAUGCCACAUAAGAUUGGAUUUGUUGUCGUUAGUUCCUCUGGACACGAGGAUGGCUACAGUGCCAAGGAGCUGGAAGUUCAUGCACCCACAGUCACUGGGUGGAGAUCACCAAGGUUCUGUUCAUACCCUCAAGAGAUUGUCUUCCAGAUGGUGGAACCAUGUAGGAUUCGUAAACUGCAGCUGCUUGCACAUCAGUACAUGAUAUCAAGUAAAAUUGAAUUCUUUGUCAGCAGCAGUCUGCCAGAGUACUUUACACCAUAUCAGUCAAACCGCUUUCGGCGGCUUGGUUACGUGUCCCUGUCAGACAAUCAGAAGACUGGUUUUAAAGCUCGGGAACUAAAGUCAGUCCAUCUUGAUGCAGUUGGGCAGUACCUAAAACUAACUUUCCACAAAAAUUAUGUCAACCGAUACAACUUGUACAAUCAGGUGGCAAUUGUUGCUGUUAAUGUUCUCGGUGAUCCUGUAGACUACAAUGAAGUCAACAACUUUCCUGCUAAGGAUAAGCUGAUUGAUCAGUAUCUUGGUCAUAGUCCUGAAGAUCCAGCCCUCAAUGGAACUUACAUUGGAAAACCAGAUGCAAUCUCACCUUUGGAUGACUUGGCCUUUGAUAUGUAUCAGGACCCUGAAGUUGCUCAGAUAAUUCGUAAACUAGAUGAAAAGAAACAGGAAGCAGUUCGAUCUGAACAUUAUGAGUAUGCAAAGAAACUUAAACAGGCAAUUGCUGAUCUCCAAAAGGUUGGUGAGCGUCUUGGUAGAUAUGAAGUAGAGAAGCGAUGUGCUGUUGAGAAAGAGGACUAUGACUUAGCCCAGCAAAAGAAGUUUCAGAUGGAUGAGUAUCGAAUGAAAGUAUACCAGCAACUGGAGUUGCACAAUCUCCUUGAUAUGGGAGUGAUACGCAGGCCUGCUGAACUUCUGCUGGAGCCUUUGACCUAUCACAGUAACUCAAAACCCCUAGAGUCACCACGACAAAAGACAGAGAGACUUCCAGAGAAACCAAAUAAGCCUUUAUCAGAGGAGCAGCAACCACAGCGUAUUUCUCCAAAACCUAUUGCAACCCAUCGCACACAGACUCCUCCUACCUCUCCAUCACCGCAGCAGCAUACUGUUCCAAAAAUUAAUAUUGAAUCUUUGCCGUAUGAUGAAAGACCACUGCCAGCAUUGCGAAAACAGCAGGAAAACAUGUCUGGUUAUUUAGAGCCAGAGCCACAAGAGUCAGUCCCUUCUGAUACCCCAAGAAGUGGUAUCACAGGAGAACCAGAACCACUGACUGAGAAAGCCUUGAGGGAGGCCAGCAUGGUUAUUGAGGUGUUUGGAGAGGCUUUGGUUGCAGGUGCUUAUUCAAAAACGUGGUCUUAUCGAGAAGAUGCAUUACUGGCAGUGUACAAAAAGCUGAUGGAAGAGCAUGAGGAAACCUCUAAAGAUGAACUGAAAAGCAUGUUGAGGGCAGCUGUUUUCCUCAUACAAAGGGCUGUUAAAGACAAAGUGUCAUCAGUGUUCCAGGCUUCUUUAAAGCUACUGAAAAUGAUUAUUACCCAUUAUGUUCCGAAACACAAACUGGGCAAAGUUGAGACCACCCACUGUGUGGAAAGAGUACUGCCAUUACUAAUCAGCAAAAUGGGGGACCCAACUUCUCGACUCAGGGUUACAGCUACUAAUUUUAUACAGGAAAUGGCACUUUUAAAAGAAGUGAGACCUUUGCAGAUUGUCCCAGCCCAGCUUGUUAAGCCAAUUAAAACAACACCUCCCUCUCACUUGUCUGUUAGUGAAAAAUCCUCGCUUAUCAAACUUAUCAAAGAGCUCAAAACCGAUUCCAAAGGUCGGACUGUAAAAAAUGGAAUUCUGUUUUAGUUUGCAGUACAUUCAUUUGAACAUGCUGCUUCUGAGGUGCGGGAAACAGGAGUUCGGAUUAUCCUCAACAUGUACAAGAAACACAGGGGUGCCAUACUGUCAUACUUACCUCAUGAUGAUGCAAAUACAAGGAAGAAUAUUCUGUAUAAAACCUUGUUUGAUGGCUUUGCAAAAAUUGACGGAAGGCCUACAGAAGCUGAAUCUAAGGCACAGAAGAAAGCAGCUGCAGAACAAGCAGAAAAACGGAAAAAUGAGGAGAUUUGGGCUCUUCAAGAACAGCUUGCAGCUCUAAAAGAUAUCCAGACAGAGGUGCAGUCUGGCAAGGAGAAGGCAAUGGAGGCACAGAAAAUGUCAAAGUCAGCUGAUCGAGGAAAGAAAACUAGUCCCGCUCUUCCCACUGAACCUUCAGGUGAUCAGGCGUCUGCUCCAAGCUAUUUUGACAAUUUAUGCAUCUUCUGUGGUGAGAGAGAUGAAUCAUUUACUGCAGAGGGCUUGGACAUCCACUACUGGAAAUACUGUCCUGUUCUGAAACGAUGUGAGCACUGUAAACAGGUUGUUGAAAUAGCCAGCCUUACAGAGCACUUGUUAACAGAAUGCGAUAAAAAGGAAGGUUUUGGAAAAUGUCCACGUUGUAGUGAAGCCAUCCCAAAGGAAGAAUUGACAGAGCACAUCAGGUCCAAGAGCUGUAACCCUGCAAAACCAGAAAAGGUAGCAAAUCGGUGUCCUCUGUGUCAUGAAAACUUCUCACCUGGAGAGGAGGCCUGGAAGUCUCACCUCAUGGGUAGGGAUGGCUGUAAAAUGAAUCCUCGACGUAUACAUUCCCUGCAGAGGACUCAGCUGCUGCAACAAGGAAAACUAGUGAACAAGCCAGGAGCUACAGGUACAAAGGGAAGAUCUCCUUCAGUAGCCAGCAAAAUUCCAGCUUUGAAAACAGGGACAAAUAAAACUACCAGCAAGACACCAUUGAGGCGGUGAUACAUACAGCAAUAUUUUAAGUUGUGGAGAAGAUCAUCACUGUCAAGAUUGCUUGCUUUAUUAUUGUGCUCUCCAGUUCUCUGUUUUGAGCCUGGCAAGAUUGUGCUGAUUUUUGCUGUCUUCAGUUUCAGUUUACAUUAAUUGGAGACGAGUAAAAAAAUCAAAUGUGACUGCUAAUUAGGCUAAAUACCACAUUUUGCUCUGGUAUCAAAUAGGAUCUGUUCAUAACAAUCAUACUGAUUCGUAAUUUUGUACCAUCAUCAGAUCAGAAUAAGUUAAAAAGUUAUUUUUUGUUUAUGCCAAACAUUUUUCAUUACUUCUAGUGUGUUCUGUGUGGAAAGAAAUACUUUUUGAUGGCAUGGUAAUAAUUUAUAGUUUUCAGUAUCUCUGAUAGCAAUAAACCUAAAGGACAGUUUUAAAACCACAGUAUUUAAAACUUGACACUGGUAGACCAUAUAAACAUAAAAUGUAAAGCUGCAGUAAUUAAAUUACACUUCAGUUAUGCAGUA